AUGCAUCAAUCUGAUACUACACCACUCUCUUAUUGUAAAAUAGGUACAGAAUUUUUGGAUGAGUGUAGAGAUUUAUUAUUUAGUCAUGAUCAAGAUGCUAAAGAUUUUUAUUUACCUUUGACUAAUAGAUCUAGAGCAUGGGUUAAGGGUCUUCGUAUAAAUAAUGAUAUUUAUAAUAAUACUCCUACCCAAUUGAUAGGUAUGUCUCCUAAUGAAGCUGUAAAACAAGCAUUAAAAGGAAAAAAAAUAAUAGCUAGACCUUCAGUAAAGAAUAGAAGACCAAUUGGUUAUAAUGAACCUCUUUUGCCUAGCCAUACUAAA